AUGUUAAUUUCCAUCUCCUCUGACAUCACCACAGUAAACUCCUGGAUCCAGGUGAACCUAGGCGAAACCAAAAAGGUCACAGGGGUCGUGAUCCAAGGGUGUAAAGAUGCAGAUCACUGGGUGACUAAAUUCAAGAUCCAGCACAGUGUGGAUGGAAGCCAAUGGACUGACUACGUAGACGACGAGGGGUAAAUCACAUCAAACACACAGGGCCCGUUUCCCAGACACAGUUUAUGCCUAGUCCUGGACUAAAAAGCAUUUUCACAUUUUUUUGUCUAAGGCCAGGCUCAAUAUGUGUCUGGAAAGUUGGCCCACAAUAUGUAGGUCUUUGGUCCAUCAUUCCUGUUUGUCCAGGAAUUCACAGGCUGUGUGGACAGGACCACUCCAGAGACACAUGUAAGGGGGGAUAUACAGUAUACACUGUAAGUCGCUCUGGAUAAGAGCGUCUGCUAAAUGACAAAAAAAAAAUCAGAAAAAACAAAAAAAAACACAUCUUCUGGGCACUUCUGUCUCUGCCCAGUAUGUCAGGAUUCUUCCCCAGGAAUUCAAUGGACAGACUGGUCUUCCCUUUGACAUCUUGGGAUGUACACCUGACUGUAGGCGAAAACUGUUUUGCAACCCUCAUAUACUGUUGAGAAAUGUUUUGUGUCCGCUCAGAAUACUGAGAGAUGUGUUUUCUUUUCACAGAUGCUGUGUCCUGUGAUGCAAAGCCCAACUUUAACUUUGCCAAUGAAGUCCCUGCAUCUACUACCCUCUACUCCAAAAUGCCUGCUCAGUGGCCCAGAUCCUGA